GAGGACUUAGUAAUGCACCAACUAGGUGAAAGUCCAGUCUUCAUGGGGCUUAUAUUUCAGUGAGAAGAGGGAGACAAAAUCAAAAUGCAGAAUAUGUUGAAAGAAAAUAAGUGCUCUGGGAGAAAAAUUCAUCAGGGGAAGGGCCAGUCCUGCCAGGAUGGGAGGAGCUGCAGUUAAUUUCAGUAGGCUGGUUGGGCAGGCGGAGGGUGACGUCACGGGCUCGGGCCCCGGGGCAGAAAUAGGGCGGCCGCGGCGGCUGUGGCUCAGCAGCGGGCCGCGGCGGCUCAGAGGGCCUGAGCCGAGGCAGCCUCCAGCGCGCCCGGGAGUCGCCGACCGCCGAGGAGAACGGCCGGAGGACGCCGGGCCGGGUCGCCGCCGCUUCCACGGGCUCGCCCGCCCGCCCGCCCAAGUCCAGCUACCCGGUCUUUCCCUCGGCCCAGGCCGCAGCAGACUCAACAAAGUGAAGUUGGGAUACUUUUGGCUGCAUCUUGCACUGCUUGGGGCCUCGCUGCCAGCUGUGCUGGGAUGGAUGGACCCAGGAACCAGCAGAGGCCUGAACAUGGGUGUGGGGGAGUCGCAGGCAGAGAGCCCAGAGAUGCUGUCAUGUCCCAGGUCCAGGAAUUUUGCUGCUUCAGGCAAAGGAAGUGCUGCCUCUGCAGACUUGGAGCCACAGGAACAACUGCCCUAUCGAUCCCGUUCUCUUUGCGAGAGAGCAAGUGUUGCGAAGUGUUAUGACGUCCACUCAUCGAGUUUGCUUAUAUGA